UGAUAAAUAUACACGAGCACCUAAGCCGGGCCGGGUUCAAUUUCGUUUCAACUUAGAAUUUUCAAUUAAUUCAGUAAUAUAUAAUGGCAGAGAACGAUUCAGACGAAGUUCCAAUUAUCGCCAACGAUACAAAAAUAAAUCCAAAUGAGUUUGACGUAGCUGUAAGUGCAAUGCUAAUAGGAUUGGGAGGUGAAAAGUAUCUCGACGUCUUUCGGACUAACAAUAUUGGACAGUCAACUCUAAUUGAACUGAGUGAUGAAGAUUUAAUCAAAUUUGGAAUAGAUGAUCAAGACAUAAGAACAAAAAUUUUGGAAGAAGUAAAAAAUUUGCCGCUGUACCAAGAAUUACAAGUGUGUGAGACCCGGCCAUGUCUAGGUCCAAUAGAAAUAGUUGAUAUGCUGGAGGAGAGCUCUCAACACUUGUAUAGAAUUUACCUGAGCAUGUUAGCUAAUACCCUCGCAUUGAAGAAAGCAGAUAACUUGCCCGACUGCCUCCUUCACAAAGAGAAGCAUGCUUCUGAUAUUGCUCUGGCAACAUUGAGUGAAAUGACUACAAUUUUGAACUCUAUGGACAUAGCACUUCAUGCAGAGUUUAAGACCUUGAGAAAAGAGUCCAAUAAAACCAAUAAAAAGAAACUGGCUGUGGGAACUGUCGGGAGUAUAGCCAUAGCUGUGUUAGCUGUUCUAUUUUUUAGAUCUAUAAAACAACUUAAACAAUAAGUGUUUAAGAUUCAGUAUGUAGCUUAAGCCUCUUUAAUAAGUGUUUUCAUGUUAAACUUAAAAAGUUCUUACAAGCAUUGAUGGUAAAAAAUCUUAAAACAUGAUAGUAGGUAUGUUAUUGUACUGGUUGAAGUUAAUCUACCUCUUAUUUUUGCC